AUGCCAGAUCCAGAUCCCGCAAAAGUACUUUGCAUUGGUCUUGGGGGACUCGGGGUAAUUGCUGCUUGGACGCUUCAACGUAAUGGAAGUGAUGUGACCGCCAUAAUCCGAUCUGAUUACGAACGUGUGAAGACUCUGGGAUACACAAUUCACUCCUUAGACGAGGGCCAAACCGUCAAUUACGUUCCCACCCGUUUUUACAACUCCAUCGAGCAAGUGAAAGGUCCAUUUGAUUACAUCGUGGUAACAACGAAAGUUAUUCCAAAAAAUGAUGGUUCGGAUGUAUGGGAUCUUAUCGGAAACAGCACCGAGCUUUUGAAAGAAGAUAAGACUACAGGGAUCGUGCUUAUCGAAAAUGGUAUAGGGAUUGAAUCCUAUUGGAACAACGUACGAUCGAAGGCGGUGCUUCUACUGGGUACAUCAUAUAUAUCAUCGACGAAUACGAAGGCUGAAGUCAAGCAAUACGGUACCGACAACAUCAAGUUUGGUUUGUUCCAGGGCGAAAACGAGCCACACAGUCUGAAAGUCUUGGACAGAUUCAUAGACAUGUACAAGACGAAGUCGAAUAAAGUUGUCAAAGAUGAAAACGUUCAACACUCUCGGUGGAAAAAGUUGUUAUACAAUGCAGUGUACAACACCAUAUGCUGUUUAGUUGACUUAGAUGUUGGAAGGUUGUACGAAUUGAAAGACUCGUUGGAUAUUGUCAACAACUUGAUAUUGCCGUUAAUGAAAGAAGUUCAAUUUGUGGCUAAUCAGGAUCUAAGAUUUCAUGAGAGCAAUGAUUUGGUCACUGACGAGGACGUAAAGCAAAUGGAAAUGCUUACUGCAAAAUUUGAUGCCCCUAAUUUUUACGCCCCUAGUAUGUUGAUGGAUUUACGAAACUCUCGUGCAAUUGAGCUCGAGAUAAUACUUGGCAACAUUUUGAAAAUCUACGACCAAACUGGUGGAAAAAACAGACAUGCAGAGGUACCAUACUUGAAUUUGUUAUAUAUCCAAUUGUCAUUGGUUCAGUAUCGCAUCUCCCUCACAAAAUAA